UUUUUGGUGCUCUUUCCUCUUUUCCGUACUGAAGCAUGAGUGCUAAAUGCAGCAGUUACUACAGUGCAGACGGGCUGUUAGUGGAAGGAUUCUCGUGUCCCAAACUGGGAAACGCUGCUGCAGAGAUCUACUGCUGCGGGUUUAAUGACGUGAAGUACUGCUGUGAUGAUCCCAACAGUUUAUUCCCCUAUGGAUACAUGUGGUGGCUGAGCACCAGCGCUCUGGUUGAUCGGUCCAUUUUAGCUGUGGUCCUCCUUGCUUGCAUCACCCUGUGUGUCCUCUGCUACCUCCUCAUUGCCACCAAACCCAGUCACCUUGACAACGGCCUACCACUCAGAGCACCAGCAGGGGAUGCCAGCGAAGGAUCUUCACAUCUGGGAGUGAGCUGCUCCACUGGCCCGCAGGGAUUCAGAAAAUACUUCAUGAGUCGGAAGCUGGACUGUGAUAAUCAGCCUCCAGACUCUGAUCUCCUGUUUCAGAGAUGUUUCACCCCUAAUGUUACUGGCGUGAAAGUGGAGAGCCCCUCGUAG